AUGGGAGUGGGUGGGCGUGUCUCCGUGCCGGGCGAGGGGUCCCCAUGUCACCGGCCACCUCGCCCCAGAGCUGGCCGCAUCUCGGCGCCGGGCGAGGGGUCCCCGGGUCACCCCAGAGGUGGGCGCGUCUGGCCGCCGGGCGAGGGGUCCCCGGGUCACCCCAGAGGUGGGCGCGUCUGGCCGCCGGGCGAGGGGUCCCCGGGUCACCCCAGAGGUGGGCGCGUCUGGCCGCCGGGCGAGGGGUCCCCGGGUCACCCCAGAGGUGGGCGCGUCUGGCCGCCGGGCGAGGGGUCCCCGGGUCACCCCAGAGGUGGCUGCGUCUGGCCGCCGGGCGAGGGGUCCCCGGGUCACCCCAGAGGUGGGCGCGUCUGGCCGCCGGGCGAGGGGUCCCCGGGUCACCCCAGAGGUGGGCGCGUCUGGCCGCCGGGCGAGGGGUCCCCGGGUCACCCCAGAGGUGGGCGCGUCUGGCCGCCGGGCGAGGGGUCCCCGGGUCACCCCAGAGGUGGCUGCGUCUGGCCGCCGGGCGAGGGGUCCCCGGGUCACCCCAGAGGUGGGCGCGUCUGGCCGCCGGGCGAGGGGUCCCCGGGUCACCCCAGAGGUGGGCGCGUCUGGCCGCCGGGCGAGGGGUCCCCGGGUCACCCCAGAGGUGGGCGCGUCUGGCCGCCGGGCGAGGGGUCCCCGGGUCCCCGGCCGCCCCGCCCCAGAGGUGGCCGCGCAUCUCGCAGGCCGCAGUCGCACGCAGGCUCCUGUCGCUUGGCCCCCCAGGCCCCGGCCCCGGCCGCGCGUGGCCCGGCCCCGCUGGGGCAGCACAAGGAAAUACUGGCCGGCCGGCGGGACGCUGCCAAUAUUUCUGUGCUGCUGGAGCGGGACGGGCAGGGCCAGGCCCGACGCCGGGGUAGAUGGGCUGGGGGCGGCGUGGUCGCUCCGUGGCCGCGGUCCCGGCCCGCGCGGUAACACCACAAAAUGGUUUGUGCGU